CUGGCCUGGGGCUGUGGGAGGUGCUGAGGCUUCCUGUCUCACUGGCAGUGUCCCCUGGCCAGGAGGAAGGCUGGGGCAGGGGUCUGAGCUGCUCUUGGGCCUUGCAACCUCACAGCAGUGGAGAGUUCCUGCCUGGCCGCCCCUGGCCACGAGGGUGUGAGGAGAAGCAUUUCCCCACCUGCAGACAGGAACCCUUCCACCUUCCUCCUCAGUGCCCAGGUCCCCUUGUCCUGGUGCCUAUGGCCCACCUGGGGGCAAAAGUACACACUUCUCCCUGGUUCCCUGCCAUUCCUUCAUCUCAGACCCAGAAGAGCUCUGGGUCCCCCCGGAUGUGGCAGGCUGGGGUUUGGACAGUGUCUGUGCCAUGACCCUAAAGGACAGGAGUCAAAAGCGAGGCCAAGAGUUGUGCUUUCCUUCUGGUGCAGUACCUCUAGGCCUCCAGGUGGCCACUGAGCUGGGCUGGGCCUUCACAGGCCUCUAGGCUCUGCCAUCUCAGGGACACUGACUCCAUCACGGGCAGCUUCUGUCACUGCCUGGGAGGAGCCAGGUUCAAGUCCCUGGGGACCUACUCCCUGGUUGUCCUGGUAGGCAGUGCCCCGCUGGGCAGUUCCUGGCUGCAGGUCCAGUAUUUCCCCCUCCAGAGCUGCUCUGGUAGAGGAAGUCCCUCUGAAGCCCACUAGGUCCUGGUAGGGGAACCCAGGUUGGGGAAGAAGUGAAAGGGUGAGGUGGCAGCACCCUGAACCCUGCCCUGUUCUAAGGGAGUGCCCUCCUGGACCCUGGUUGCAGUGAAGCCAGAUGGGGUGCAGCGGCAGCUCGUUGGGGAUGUGAUCCAGCGCUUUGAGCAGAAGGGCUUCGGGCUGGUGGGGAUGAAGAUGCUGCAGGUGCCAGAGUGUGUUGUUGCUGAGCACUACCAUGACCUACAGAGAACGCCCUUCUACCCAGCCCUCAUCAGCUACAUGAGCUCCGGCCCCGUGGUGGCCAUGGUCUGGGAAGGCCCCAACAUGGUCCGCACCUCAAGCAUGAUAGGACACACUGACUCGGCUGAGGCUGCCCCUGGCACCAUCCAGGGAGAAUUCAGUGUCCACAUCAGCAGGAACAUCAUCCAUGCCAGUGACUCUGUGGAGGGGGCCACGAGGGAGAUCCUGCUGUGGUUCCAGAGCAAUGAGCUGGUGAACUGGGCAGAUGAAGGCCACCACAGCAGCAUCUACCCAGCCUGAGCGCUCAGGUUGCCUCGGCCCCCCAAGCCUCCACCCAGCACCAACUACCUCUGUCGACACACCCACACUCCGCCCAUCUGUGCCAGACCACCUCCCAGUCCAUCUUCUGCCUCACCCCAGCCCAGAGGGGUUGAGCUCACAACUUUAUGUGCCUUUUAAUAUUGCAAACCAGCAAGAGACUGGACCAAAUCCUUUCUGUACUGAAGUGAAAGAUGGUCUUUGGGGUGUCUCCAAAAGUGGAUAGUGUGAUCUCUCCUCCAAAGGGAGAGUGCAUUAAAACACUGCUGUGCAUCGGAGUGGAAUGCUUAUUAUGGUUCCUGCAUCUCUGAGGGAGGGAGGAGGCCUUUAUGCCAAGUUGUAAGCAGUUUGGAAAUAGAAAUGGAGCUUACCCUCUCACACACCAGUAGGGGAUUGAUAACUGGUGAAUGUAUGAGACGGGAGUGGGCCAGAGACCUACAGCCUGGAGUCUGGGGGAAUUCAAGCUGAGACCCAGAGCAGGAGAUGUCCUGCCCUACUCCUCUGACCUGCUGAAGGAGCUGCAUUUCUUGGGCAGGGCUGGAGGUUGGCAGGAAUGGGUGGGGGCUGAGACUACCCCCUGGGACACAUAGCCUGGUGACCAUGCACCGUCCCAUCUUCGUGGUCUCAUGGCUGAGGCUGACCAGAGCUGCCUGUCCACCUGUUUUCACGUUGACACUAAACCCAUCACAUCUCCCCUCGGGGCCCCAGGUAUGUUCGUUGUCACUGUCAUGUACUGGACACUGCACGUCAUCACACCUACUGAGGCCAACUUGGUCCUCACUCUGCUUUUUGACAUCCUGGCGCCGGAUGCCCUGGUCCUGGAUUCACUGCCUCGGUUGCUACCUGUGUCUCCAGGUAAUGGCACAAAUAAGGUGCCUGAUUUUUCCUCAUCUGCCACGAAGCGGGCCAUUCUGGGAACUGGCCUGGGGCCGGCCACGUGGGAGAAAGCCUUCGUUUCUUGUGACUUCCCCGGCUCUACUCUCCCCUCUAAGGAGCAGGGAAGGGCGGUGUCAGAGAGCAAGGGCGUUAAAAGCUGCACGCCCCCUACCAGGCGUUUUCAGUAAACAUCGGGGCCCCAGCGCCCGCCGCGAACAGCGGGUUCCGACCGUGGCGCCGGCUCCCACUCCUGUCGGAAGGACUCGGGAACGCGGAUAGCUCUGCGUCCUCUCACCGGCAUCCACAGCGGGGACAGGCCCACGGCACUGCGCUUGCUCCCGCCGCGCAGAGAGGGGUCCU